GCCGAAUUAACCUACCAUCCAAAAGUUUGAAUGCUCAGGUGCCCCACACACUUUAUGCAAAACUCAUGCAAUAUUAUGCACACUAUACACUAUCACAAGACAGUGAUAUAUGAGACCACCCGUACCAUAAAAUAUACGAAAUUUACAAUAGCCACAUAUAAUUAAGUUUUUUUUGCUACUCGCCACCCAACUAGAAUAUACAUAUAUAUACAAGUACGUAUAUCUAUAUAGCCAAAUAUACACAAAAGGGAAAAAAUAAUGAUUUCAGACAUCAACGAUGACUCGCUUCACCUCGAUGAGAAAGAAGGCCGAGCAACAAUCAAACCGCUUUGCUCUAGCUUGCCGUUUAUGCCAGGGUAUGCAUCCGAUACGGCUCUGCCCAUCAUUCCGCGGUAAAACUCCCGAAGAGAGACUGAGGGAGGCACUGAUUGGUCGCUUCUGCGGAAACUGCCUGUCCAUGAUGCAUCGGUCUGACGAGUGCACGAGCGAAGAAAGAUGUCGUCGGUGCCGCGGAAAACACCACACAACGCUGCACAUGGAUGACGAAUCCGAACCCCUUCAGCCGAUUGAUACACGCCCAUGGAGCGAGCAAGUUGCUAGUGAGGACGAGUCCGAACGCGCGUUAUCUAUCAACGCGUCCGACCACGCAGAUGAAACCAGGCCGCUCCGCCCAGAAGAUGAACUAGCAGAAUCCACACCGGAAUCUGGGACUCCCCUCCCGACUAUAACCAGGGGAUCGGAAACUCGGCCUUUCCGACCCCUGUUAGAGCACGAACGACGCCGAGAACGUGGAUCGGAAACACGGCCUUUCCGACCGCGGUCAACAGCCCGGCAGAACCGUAGAGCGGAAACUAGGCCUUUCCGCCUGCGGCAAACGCGAGAGGAGUCAAACAGGCCCAAUCGCGAUCAGGGUAGACUGGAGACGAGGCCUCGCCAGCUAUCCAUCGCAUUUCGAGCGGGUCGACUUGCACGCGAAACCCAAGCGUUACGACCGGUGACGUCUAUUGCUCCAACGGUCGUGGUAAAAAUAGAAGCUCGUGGACGGUUGCACCUUAUACGCGCGUUAAUUGACGUAUGCUCUCCGACUUCUAUAAUUGCGACAGAUUUAGCGGUAAAACUCAGGCUCGACGUUUCAAAUUUCGGAAACCAACGUGGCUGUCUACUGCGUCUGAGGGGAAAACACGGCCAGAACACCAGGUUGGCUAUCCACGCCACAACGAUAAACAAUUACGUCCGUGUUAGCCCCACUAGUAGCGUCGAUCCGUCAGUAGCGACAGCGUAUACGCACAUACGACUAGCGGAUCCAAACUUUUAUACGUCGACACCGAUUCGCUUAGUACUGGGAGCCGACGUAUACCCAGACAUCGUACUGCCGGGUAUGCUCCCAAACACGUUUGGUCCCUUUAUCGCCCAAAGCACAAUUUUUGGAUGGAUGCUCUCAGGAGUAUGUCGCUCCUAAAUUCAAUGUUUGAUUUUUUUUU